AGUAGACACGUGCUUCUACGGCUCUACGGAGGGAUAGGUCGCUCUUCUUCCUCACUGAGAGACCAUGAGACGGGUCGAGACGACAGCGGCGGAUGCACCCCACGACCUCCAGUGACUCUCCCAGUCCCAGGCUCCCAGCCCCCCUUCCUCCCGCCUCCGCGAGACCGCGAUGGCAGUCUUGCUGUGGCGGUGCAUAUGCGGGCCCCAACAAUCCUUCAGUAAGAAUCGAGGCGCAUCCACCCCUUCUCCUCUUGCUGGCAGGAGAUCCAAAUACUCGGGACAAUCUGUGGUAAGGAGCGCACGCAUUGACCUUUUCCUGCUACACCUAUGCAUUUGGUUCAUUUCUCCUGAAAAAAAAGUACACUGGAGGCAAAAGAAAGCAAUGCCCAUGCGUUUGUUAACGGUUGGAAAGAAGAGGUCUCGGGGGACACAACUCCUUGUUGAAGAAUACAAGGAGAAGCUCGGUCACUAUUGCGAGUUCGAGGACACUCUUAUCAGGUCCAACCCAAAGCUUACAAGUGAUGUAAAGGUGCAAGUUGAAGCAGAAGACACGGCUAUGAUGCAGCAACUCAAGUCUGACGAUUUUGUAGUUGUGCUGGAUGAAAACGGGAAGGAUGUCAUAUCCGAGCAGAUAGCUGAUCUGAUUGGGGAUGCUGGCAACACAGGAUCAUCAAGGCUCACAUUCUGUAUCGGUGGACCAUACGGUCUCGGGUUACAAGUGCGAGAGCGUGCAGAUGCAACGAUUAGGCUGUCCUCACUAGUUUUGAACCAUCAAGUUGCCUUGAUAGUCCUCAUGGAGCAGCUCUACAGGGCAUGGACUAUAAUAAAAGGACAGAAGUAUCACCAUUAGGCCUAAGUGCUAUCAUCAUUCGCUGCUGUAUGUAGGACUUGAAAAAUGGAAGACUGCAUUAAUAAAUUUGCAGGUAUAGUGUUCAAGGACUCAUUGUACUUUCCAUUCGUGUAGAACCCCAAAUUGCUCAAAAUGGUUUCUUUGACAUGUUCGAAUGUUCAUUAUCGAUGACUGUCAGUUUCCAGCACAACAUGGACACUUGUAAAUAAGAAGAAAUUCUGCUGGGUGCUUUACUGGUUGCUAGGCUGCUACAUGCUUGAAAAUGGUUGCUAUCUGCAGCUGAGGUUCUGCAAAAGCGAAUGGCACACCUGAACAUUCUUCUUUUACUGAGAUCAAGCGUGUCAUAAGAUUUAUUAGUUCCUCUUGUAUUGUGAAAAUUUCCAAAGAACACAGGAAGUGAAAUAUCUUUUAUUA